AUGGCAGAAGCUAGGGACUGGAUGAGCCAAUCUCUGACGACCCUUCAAUCUCCCAGUGGAUUCUGCCUCGUAUACGCCUUCUCCUACAUCAAACACUGCUACCUCAAUCUCAUCAUCUCCAAAGCUAAUGCCAUCGCCGUCCCCGUCGAAUACAAGCUUACACCAGAGCACCCUCUUCCCGCAGCUUUUGAAGAAUGCUUGUGCGUGUUUUGUGGUGAAGAUGAGCCUAGGGACAAAGGGGUUGCGUACUGUGAGGCUGUGAAGAAAAGUGGACGGGAAGGUGAAGUGGAUUUACUUGAAGUGGAAGGAGAAGAUCAUUGCUUGCAUAUUUUGAACGUCGAAACUGAGAAUGCUAAGAAAAUUUUGAAUCGCCUAUCUUAA